UACAUAGUUGCAACUCACAUGUGUAGAGUAGUAGUAGAGAAACGAAGGUAGACAAUAAUGGCGGUUCAUGAUUCUCUCCAUUAACUUCACUCUUCCUUCCAAUGGUCCACCACUCCCUCUUCCUUUUUCCAUUUCCUUUUUCUUGUCUCUUUUGCCUUUCCUCUUCCCUUUUCCAUUCUCUCCUUCUCCACACUAGACUCAACUCUAAAAACCCAAUCUUGCACUCUCUGCUACCACCCCUCUCACCUCCAUGAUUUAGGGUUUCCCUCCUUUCUCAGACCCUGCAUUUCUCACCUCCACCACAAGAAAUGGCCAAGCUCCAUUUCGCUCUCAUUUUCACGCUUUUUCUUCUACUCUGCAAUGUCUCAGCUGCACCAUCCACCACAUUACCAGCCAGGAUUGUUAGUGGGUUUCUCUCCAAUGUCGUGCCUGCAUUCACCAAAUGGGUGUGGUCGCUCAAGGCACCCACCAAAACUGCGGUUGGUGUGAAGUCGAUGAUGAAGUUCGAGAGUGGGUACAGUGUGGAGACUGUGUUUGAUGGAAGCAAGCUUGGAAUUGAACCUUAUGCUGUUGAGGUGUUGCCUGAUGGGGACCUUCUUAUUCUGGAUUCGGUCAAUAGUAACGUUUAUAGGAUUUCCUCCUCGCUUUCUUUGUAUAGCAGACCGAAGCUUGUGGCAGGAUCUGCUGAAGGAUAUUCUGGACAUGUUGAUGGAAGGCUUAGGGAAGCUAGGAUGAAUCACCCGAAGGGGAUAACUGUUGAUAAUCGUGGAAAUAUCUAUAUUGCAGAUAUAAUGAACAUGGCAAUUAGAAAGAUUAGUGAUUCAGGUGUCACAACAAUUGCUGGCGGAAAAUGGAGCCGUGGAGGGGGCCAUGUUGAUGGUCCAAGUGAAGAAGCUAAAUUUUCUAAUGAUUUUGAUGUGGUUUAUGUUGGAAGUAGUUGUUCCCUACUUGUCAUAGACCGGGGAAACCAAGCCAUCAGGGAGAUUCAACUACACUUUGAUGACUGUGCUUACCAAUACGAAAAUGGAUUUCCACUUGGUAUCGCAAUGCUUGUUGGGGCUGGCUUUUUUGGUUAUAUGCUUGCAUUAUUACAACGUAGACUCGGUACAAUUGUAUCAUCUCAUGAUGCUGAGGGUUCAGCAAUGUCUGGCAUGUCACCAAGUCCAUAUCAAAAGCCGGUGAAGUCUGUGAGGCCUCCUUUAAUUCCAUCAGAAGAUGAAUCAGAUAAGCAAGAAGAAAGUUUCUUUGGAUCCCUUGGGAAGCUUCUUACCAAUGCUGGGGCAUCAGUAGUGGAAAUAAUGGGAGGUUUAUUUCCUGGUUUCAGAAAAAGACCACAGAGCUACGAAUUUCAAAGCCAAACAUUGUUCCAGCAACCUCAAAAGCAACUAAAUCCUUGGCCUGUGCAAGAAAGCUUUGUGAUCCCAGAAGAAGAUGAACCCCCUUCUAUUGAUCCCAGAACCCCAACACCACGCAAAACAUAUCCUUUCAUGUCCAAGGAUGCCGAAAAAAUGCAACAACUAUUGCAAAGUAGAGCAUUCUAUAGCGGAUGGGAAGGAGAUCUUCAGCAACAACAGCAAGUAAAACAUCAGCAGCAACAACAACAACAACUCAAGCAUCAUCAUCGCCAUCAAUAUCAUUCAUCAAUCCCUCACACUUACCUUGAGCAAAGCCACGAGGAAACCAAUGAGAUACUAUUCGGAGCAGUUCAAGAGCACGAUAGGAAGCAGGAAACCGUGGUUAUCAAGCCUGUGGAAUAUGGUCAAUCUCUCUAUGAUCAUCACUACAUUCGACCUCGAAUCAAUUCUAUGGGUUAUACCAACAAGCACUGAGUAUAUAAAACAACAAAGAUUAGGAGCAAAGAAGUGCUUUAUCCCCAAUCCAGCUUUAAUUAGAGAGGGGAGAGUGAUAUCAAGUACAGGAAGUAUAAUUAAUGAUUUCUUUUAAAAAGUGUGAUCUUUGUAAGGAGAAACUGGUGGUCAUCACAAUAUUAAGUGUUUAAUCAGUUUGAGGGUAAGAUCAAGAAAUUUUGGCAUGCUAUUUCUUGAUUUUUUUUCUGGUGAAGAUUAUGUUUCAAUGUCCAGCAGAAGUUCUCUGCCAUAAAAUAUAAGAUAUAUUAUAUAGUAUACAUAUA